AGUAGUAGUAGUAGUAGUAGUAGUAGUAGUAGUAGUAGUAGUAGUAGUAGUAGUAGUAGUAGUAGACUCGCGCAGCAUCUGCCGCACUCUCCUUCUCGCCUACCUUGAUUCGGUGUCCAGACAUACUCAAGAAGACCGAGUCAGUGGUUGAUACAUCUGCAGGUUUCUAUGUCGCUGUUAGUCACUGUCUACUUGGUACAGGACACUUCCUGGCGCUCCCGAUCCCACUCAGUAGUGCUCAGUCUUCACGCUAUUCUACGCCUGCAUGAUCUGGUCCUCCGUGAGGAGGGCUUUUAAUGCAACGCCUGGGUUCUCCCAUUCUGGGUUGUGUGUGAAAAGUUUACCCAGGUACAGUUUUUCCACUUGCUCCCUGAUGGACUGACUUCAACGCGGUCCUCAUGGCGGCACAUCUCUACGCCGUUUCCUUUCCUGCGCCUGCUGUCUUGUCUACCUCCUUUACCGCUCGGAAUAUCCGCCUCAUCACUCUAGAUCUCCCCUCGACUGACAGUUUUGUCUCAUUCUAAACGGUAGAGUCUCGGGUUCGGACACGUUCAGUCAUUCCAAACCUAGCUUCCGUCACAGUAACUGUUAAAGUAUAGCCAUCCCUCAUUGGCUGUUUCCCUCUGGCCAAUAGGAGCGCUGACAGCGUAACAUUGCAUCCCUGCAUCACUUGUUGCCCCAAAUCCCCCUCCCCCUCGAACUCACUUUAUUCCCACUCCGUCUCUCCUUUUUGUCUCAUAACAGUUGCAGCAGGAACGAAUUGUGGAGGAAGCGACCUCCGCGCGUCUGCAGAGUCUCACUGCCCAGGUGGCAGAACUCUCACGUGAUCUGGUCGCCGCUCGAGAACUCUGCUCCCAGUUGGAGAAGAAACGAGAGGCCAGCGAACGGGAGACCGCAAAGUUCGCUGGCGAGGCGGAGACGGCUCACUGUCAGAUCUCCGCUCUCAGACAAGAACUUGACAGCCUACGUUUCGAGGUUCGUGCUUUGGCCAGUGAACACAGCCCCUCUCUAUCUGCAUCAUUUUUUUUGGUUAUCCGGAGUAUACGGCGUUUGCUCCCCUCCUCGUGGUCUUCUGUAACACUCAUGCAGCAUUUUGGCGGUUAG